AUGGCCGCUGUUGACUCUGAUGCCUUAUUUAAAGCAAAGAUCCAGUAUCUUGCCAGAGACGGCCAGCACCAGCUGGUGAAACCAUAUUAUUUGUACUUCAAGUACGAUUCCGUUAUUGCUCCAACAAACACAACCGCCGACGAUCAUUUUGUUCACAUCCGUAAUGCUCGGAAUCUGGAUAUUCCAUCGGGAGAGAUGUUCUCCAAGUGGGGGUUUGCUCAGCUGCGCCUUGAUUGCCCUUUGACCCCUGAGGAGUAUUGCGAUGACAAGAAAGUGGAAGAAGUUCUAUAUCCCGAGUACAAAUCAAUUGCCCGGUUGUUGUUCCCAAAUGCUGCGCGCGUUGAAGUCCUAGAACACGCAGUAAGCAAAGACCCGAAGAUGGAAGGCUUCAAAAGGCUGAUCGUCUGGAACCAGGUUCGCAAACGUCACCCUCGUUGGCUAUCUGAGAGCCUAGAACGACACGAAUUUACAACAAACCAACCGAGUGACUAUGUGCACAUUGAUAUGACGGCCUCCUCAGCUGCAAAAUGCAGUAUAAAGCAGUUUAACAUAUACCCGAAAAGUUAUUCAAGAUUCGUCGUUGUAAACCUAUGGAAACCGAUAAGAGGGCCAGUAUACGACUUUCCGCUCACGCUUUGCGACCGCCGUACAGUAGACUACGCAUCUCAAGCCACUGCAAUGGAUAUCGUUACUCGUGAUUAUGUCAACGAAAAUACUCGAAUAUAUUUUGACGAGAGGCACAAAUGGUACUACUGGCACGGUAUGCAGGCCGAUGAGGUAAUCGCCUUCAUACAGGCAGAUUCCCAAGCAGAGAACCGAGCAGAGGAUUUGUCUCUUCAAAUAUUGACACUGGAUUUUAGGAGUUCCCCAUACGGCUUUUCGAGAUACUCGUAA